UUUUUUGAAUUAUAGAGAAAACAGAUCCCCCAGCCUUUUCCCUCCAUUCAAAAUUUUCAACUCUCCUCUCUCCUUCCUCCUCCCACAGAGCAACCCCUCCGCGGCCCCACCACCAAAUUCCAAGAAACUAAUGAAACUCACAAAACCCUAGCCUUGCUGUCCCUACAGCUCCACCGCCGAUGGCGAUGAGCCCCAACGACCGACCCAAAAAGAAAACCCUAACACCGAUGCAAGGCCUCGUCGGCUUGAUACGCGAGUCCCUGCCGCUUCGGCCUCCGCGCCGGGACGAGGUAGGAGGCGGAGGAGGAGGAGGAGGAUUUGGUGGCCUGGUGGGGAAGGUCCGCUCCAGCCUCCGAAAUUCGCGAAUUGGACUGUUACCCAAGGCUCCGGUUUGUGCUCUUCCUCCGGUUGCUUCGAGAGACGACGCACCGCCGAUUCGGUGGCGGAAGGGCGAGUUGAUUGGGUCCGGUGCCUUUGGCCGGGUUUACAUGGGAAUGAACCUCGAUUCCGGAGAGCUUCUCGCUGUGAAACAGGUGUUGAUUGCGGCAAACAGUGCUUCAAAGGAGAAGACACAGGCUCACAUUCGAGAGUUGGAGGAGGAAGUGAAGCUUCUUAAGAAUCUUUCACAUCCAAAUAUUGUUAGGUACUUGGGGACUGCUAGAGAGGAGGAUUCAUUGAAUAUUCUAUUGGAGUUUGUGCCGGGUGGAUCCAUAUCGUCCCUCUUGGGGAAAUUUGGAUCCUUUCCCGAGUCUGUUAUACGAAUGUACACAAAGCAGCUGUUAUUGGGUCUUGAAUACCUUCACAAGAAUGAAAUCAUGCAUAGGGACAUCAAGGGUGCAAACAUCCUUGUGGAUAAUAAAGGGUGCAUUAAACUUGCUGACUUUGGUGCAUCAAAGAAAGUUGUUGAACUGGCUACUAUAAAUGGUGCCAAGUCAAUGAAGGGUACUCCAUACUGGAUGGCGCCUGAAGUUAUUCUUCAGACUGGCCAUAGCUUUCUUGUGUGUGCCUUUUCUCUAGGACUGGUUCUACUUAGGAACACUCUCCUGGAAGUUUUCUAUUUCAGUUGUGCAUAUAUUAAUCAGAUAAGGUUCACUGAUGUUGAUAUUUUGUAUACAGUCUGUUUACACAAGAAAUGCUCCGCUGACAUAUGGAGUGUUGGAUGUACUGUGAUUGAGAUGGCUACAGGAAAGCCUCCAUGGAGCCAACAGUAUCAGGAGGUUGCUGUUCUUUUCCAUAUUGGAACAACAAAAUCUCAUCCACCCAUCCCCGAGCACCUCUCUGCUGAGGCAAAGGAUUUUCUGUUAAAAUGUUUAGAGAAGGAACCUUGUCGAAGGUCUUCUGCAUCAGAGUUAGUGCAGCAUCCAUUUGUGAUUGGGGAUUAUCAGGAACCUCGUCCAGUACUUCGUGCUUCAUUUAUGUUUUAUCAGGAAGCUGGAAACGAGAUGGCAGCACCUGGGACAGAUCAUAAGAACUUCCCUUCGAUCAGAAGGUCUACCUGUGCCGGCUUGAAGGAUAUUUGUGAUAUUGGCUCUGUUAGGUGCUCAACUGUAUAUCCAGGGAAUUUUUCAGGAGGGAGCUCCCGCUGGGGACCUUCCAGUAAUGACGACGACGACAUGUGUCAGAUUGAUGAUACAGAUGACAUUGUCCUUGGUUCAUUUGCAAAAUUCAGAUCUGUGGUUGGACCUGAUGAAUUAAACAAGAGUUUCAAUCCCAUGUGUGAACCAAAUGAUGACUGGCCAUGCAAGUUUGAUGAAAAUCUGGAAACGGAGAGAAGUGGAAUUAACUUCUCCCCUUGUCAAACAAUACAUGAGGCUUCUGGGAGCAUUGGAGCAUCCCAAAAGGUGGAGACUGAAUUCAUGUUUCCUUCUGGGCCAUCAGCAGCUGAAGAUGAUGAGGAAGUUACAGAGUCAAAAAUAAGAGCCUUCCUGGAUGAAAAGGCGUUAGAUUUGAAGAAGCUGCAAACACCUCUAUAUGAAGAGUUCUGUAGCUCAUUGAAUGCAGCUGGUAUUGGAAAUGCAAAUCGUGAACAUGUUUCAAAGCUUCUGAACUUACCUCCUAAGAGUAAGUCACCGAGUCGCGCACCUAGUAGAAGAUUCUCUACAGCAUUUGAUGCUGCAGGCCCUGGGAAACAUACAAGAGAUGUAUCAAAUGCCAGUGGUGUACAUGACCGAGUCUUGCAGGAAAUUCAGCCACCUCAGCUUAGUGAAUGGAAAGAGCUCCCUCAUGAUCAGAAAGAAUCAUUUAGUCUGAGUGCAAGCUUUUCUGAGAUGCAAAGAAAGUGGAAACAAGAGCUUGACGAAGAGCUCGAGAGGAAGCGAGAGAUGAUGUGGCAGGCUGGUGCAGGAACGAAUACGCCAUCCCCAAACAAAAUUCUAAGUCGACAAAGAGAACGGCUAGGGAUGGUUUUCCCUGGAAAAUGAAGUGUAUGUAUGUACCUCACUUGUAUCUAUUUUACCAUAAUUUAGAAAUAAGUUAUGCUUUUUGAUUGGGAGCCCACAGUAUGCACGCACUCGGUAAGGAUGUUGUCCAGUAUUACAUUGGUCCCCUUGCCGUAACAGGCCGUGCAACCUUCUGCCUGCUGCAUUAUGUCUCAUGCAGCAUAGCCAGAAAACGUCACAAAACCAAUGAUUUGUAUUGAUUUUAAUUUAUGUGGCCUUUGUAUCUUACUGCUGGAUAUGAGACAUAAAGUACUUGAGUUUGUAUGAAUUUUAUAAAAUUUCAAAUAUAUAGUAUGCUGCAGAUUCUAUCAUGCAUUCCUCA